CUUCACUUUGUUGCUCAACCAAGGUUUCAAGUUUGAAACUUGAAACUUUCUCUCAAUCCAAACGCUGCCUCUUCGCUUUCUCUCGUUUUCUCUCCUGUUUCUCUGGGAUCCCUACCUCCUUCCUUCAUGGGUCGUCCACCCAGUAAUGGAGGCCCCGCCUUCCGCUUCACUCAGAACGAGGUGGCAGAAAUGGAAGCUAUUCUUCAGGAGCACAACAAUGCAAUGCCUGCACGUGAUGUUCUUGCAGUUCUUGCAGAGAAGUUCAGUGAAUCACCAGAUCGGAAAGGCAAGAUUACAGUGCAGAUGAAGCAAGUUUGGAAUUGGUUUCAAAAUAAAAGGUAUGCGAUAAGGGCAAAAUCAAGUAAGACUCCUGGAAAGUUAAAUAUCACACCUAUGCCUCGGGAUGAUUCAGCCCCAGUCAGGAAUAUGUCUCAACCAAUAGCUGCACCAAUUCUUACCGGUCCAGGUUCAGUUCCAACAACAGCAAAAGUUACUCCAGAAAAUUCAGUUAUGGAAUUUGAAGCUAAAUCUGCAAGGGAUGGAGCAUGGUAUGAUGUGGCUAGCUUUCUAUCACACAGAUAUUUGGAGUCCAGUGAUCCGGAAGUGCUGGUACGGUUUGCUGGUUUUGGACCUGAAGAAGAUGAGUGGGUUAAUGUUCGAAGGAAUGUUCGGCCCCGCUCUCUACCAUGUGAAUCAUCUGAAUGUGUUGCAGUCCUCCCUGGAGAUCUUAUACUCUGUUUUCAGGAAGGUAAAGAGCAAGCUCUUUACUUUGACGCCCAUGUCCUUGAUUCUCAAAGACGAAGGCAUGAUGUAAGAGGCUGUCGUUGUAGAUUUUUGGUUCGUUAUGAUCAUGAUCAGUCAGAGGAAAUUGUGCCGCUUAGGAAGGUUUGUCGCAGGCCUGAAACUGAUUACAGACUACAGCAACUUCAUGCUGUGAGUGAUUCAGCACAUGUGGAUCAGCAGAAGAGUGGCAUGGAUGCUGCAAAUGUUUACACUAUCAGGGUUACUAGUUCUUCUGAAACAGUGCCAAAGCAGCAGGUUACAAACAUUCAUCAACUCCCAACACCAGUUUUGCAACCAAAUGUUUCUCUAGCCCCACAGAGUAUGAAUGUGGAUCCAAAGAAAGCUGAGACAACUGAUGUUCAACCUGGAAAUUCCACCAUUGUCCCAGGCAGUGUCCCAUUCCCUAGCAUAGUUACUACAACUAGUGCUCCUGAAGUCCCUACUCAAAACAUGGCUGAAGGAAAAUAACUAACUAUGUCAUGUGAAUGGGACAUCAUUAAAUGCUCUCUUUAGACUAGUAAUUAACUGGAAAGUUAUCUUAAGCACACAGCGCUUGUACAUGAAGUUUCUCCUGCUGUUUUAUCUCAAAUGUGGAAACUUACAAGAAUGAGUUUACACAAUUUUCAAGCAUAUAGAGGUAGGCAUUUCAUAACCAAAAAAAGAGAGAAAAACUGCAGUAUAUAUAGGUUAAGUCCAAACAAUUCAGCUGGUGUUCAAAUUAAGGUAUUAUUCACUUUA